AUGACUCUCGCUGCGAUCGGGCAGAGCGGGGACGGUGGUCUCUAUGCAGAAUUACUGCAGAACAGGGCUUUCCAACAGGUGACGCCAAACACCACGGCGGCUUUGAACGCGUGGCGCCCCCUCGGCGAUGCACAGCUGACUGUCAUCGCUGAUACAAAACCGGUUUCCAAUGCUCUGCCAAACUCCCUGCAACUCAUUGUUCCGAGUGGCUCAACUGGCUCUGUCGGUUUCACCAACGAAGGCUUCUGGGGAAUCAAGGUCGAUUCAUCCUGGACAUACAAAGCGUCUUUCUACUACCGCUUCCCGGCGUCCUCGUCCUUUUCCGGGCCGCUGACGGUGGGCCUGCGCACUAACGCUGGGACGGUCCUUGCACAAGCGACUGCUCAAAUCCGCAGAACAACGAGCUGGCAGCAGAUAACCCUCGAUCUCAAGCCGACAUCUUCUGCUCCCGACAUCAACAAUAGCUUCUUCAUUUCGGUAGAUGGCCCCAAGGCUGCGGGUCAAACUAUUCACUUCGCCAUGCUCUCCCUCUUCCCUCCGACCUUCAAGAACAGACCGAAUGGGUUGCGCAUUGACAUUGCUGAGACUCUGGCUGAAAUGGGUCCGGCCUUCUUCCGAUUCCCGGGCGGGAACAACCUGGGUCAAACCCCGGCAACGAGGUGGCAGUGGAAUGCUACCGUCGGGUCUUUACUCGAUCGUCCUGGGCGUGUCGGCGACUGGGGCUAUGUGAACACGGACGGUCUCGGCCUUCUUGAGUUUCUGCAGUUUUUCGAAGACGUAGGGAUGGAACCUAUCAUGGCCGUCUGGUCAGGUUAUGCGCUCGGAGAUACUAGUGAGCCUGAGAGCGCCCUUGCACCCUUCAUUCAGCAGGCCAAGGACCAGAUCAAUUUCGUCAUCGGUGACCCUGCAAAGAGCGCACCAGCGGCCCUGCGAGCUUCGUUGGGACACCCAGAGCCAUUUAAUCUGCGGUUUGUGGAGGUUGGAAACGAGCUGAUAUACCCGUACCGUUGGCGCGACUUCUUUGGGAAUUUGAGUGCCGAGUUCCCUAACCUCCGGUUCAUUGCGACCUCGGAUGUGGGGAGCCCAGUUCUCUCCCCCGCUCCGCCGUCAUAUGAUGUCCACGUCUAUCAGACGCCGACUUGGUUCUACCAAAACGCGUUUUAUUACGACUCGUUUGAGCGCGACGGUACCACCUACUUUGAGGGGGAGUACGCUGCAAUUUCUACCAACGCGAACGACAUAUUUGGCACACCUGCCGACGGGCGCCUGUCAUGGCCAACAGUACAGAGCUCUUCCGGAGAAGCUGCAUUCAUGACUGGAUUGGAGAGAAACAGCGAUAUCGUGUUCGCGGCCUCCUAUGCGCCUUUGUUGCAGCAUGUCAAUUCUACGCAAUGGACGCCAGACCUGAUCUCCUUUGAUGCUGGAUCAGUGAUCAAGUCCACGAGCUUCUAUGUACAGAAGCUGUUCGCGACCAAUCGGGGUGAUCAGUACCUCCCAAGCACGCUGCCGACGAACGGUGGCACAUUGCACUGGAGUGUCACCCGCUCGUCAAGUUCCGGCGAAACUUUCAUCAAAGUCGCUAACGCUGGCAAUGCAUCUGCGAGUAUCACAUUCGACCUGAGCCAGUUCAGUACGGUGGCCAGCUCGGGAACUCUGCAGCUCCUGACUGGUCCAGAGACGGCGAGCAACACGCCUGAAGCGCCACAGACCAUCUUGCCCAAGACAAGCGCGAUCUCCACGGGCAAGUCGUUCACAUAUAAUGCUUCUGCGUUCAGUGUCAGCGUCAUUAUGACCACGACACAUUGA